AUGACAACAUUAAAAAAGGAUGAAAUUUUGCUGCUUUUUGAUGUAGACGGAACCUUAACCAUUCCACGGUCAACUGUAACACCUGAUUUUGAAGAGUUCCUAUACAAUGAAAUCAAACCACGAGCUACCAUCGGUAUCGUGGGCGGCUCGGAUCUUGAAAAAAUGUUUGAACAACUGAACGGACGCAAAAUUCUGGAAAAGUUUGAUUUUGUCUUUCCCGAGAAUGGUUUGGUCCAGAUCGACAAGGGUCAGGAAGUUGGCAAACAAAAUAUAAUCAAACAUUUGGGCGAAGAUACUCUUCAGGGCUUCAUAAAUUUUGUAUUACGUUAUUUAUCGGAAUUGAAGUUGCCAUUUAAAAGAGGUACAUUCUUGGAAUUUCGCAAUGGAAUGAUGAAUAUUUGUCCCAUUGGAAGGCAAUGUUCGAGGGAAGAACGUAAUAUAUUUGCCGAAUAUGAUAAGGAACACCAUGUGCGCAGCAAAAUGAUUGAGGUGCUGAAAAAAGAGUUUGCUGAUGUGGAUUUAACAUACAGCAUUGGAGGGCAAAUCAGCUUCGAUGUUUUCCCUAAAGGCUGGGACAAAACGUAUUCCUUGCGCUACAUUGAGGCCAAUUAUAAAUUUAAGGAAAUUCAUUUCUUUGGCGAUAAAACCGAUCCCGGUGGCAAUGAUUACGAAAUUUUUAUCGAUCCUCGUACCAUUUCACACAAGGUGCAGAGUCCCGAUGAUACCAAACGCAUAUUGCAAGAAAUAUUCGGGUUAAACUAA